UCAGCCUGGUCUCUCGAAUGCAAAAUAUCGGCAUUUUCUGGAAAGAUAAUAUUCCUGCAUCUCAGAUUAGGACUGCAGUAAACAAUUGAGAAAGGGUGCAAGUGUUCGUAGAGGACACGCGAAGGACUCAAUGUGAGCCCUAACUGUAGAAUAGUGGUUGGCUCCGAUUUGUCAGCCUCCAAAGACUUGCCAUCGACAUCCCUUCCCCUUGCUACCAUCUCACUCAAUCCUACUCUGUAGAAAUCCGAUCUGAGAUCAACCAUGGCAUCCAAGCAAGCAGUAUCCACGACGAAGGCGCCCGCGCCUUUGCCUCAAUUUUCUCUCGCGAUCAAGUAUAAUGGCAUGGUUUACUGCUCCGGGUCCAUUGGCGUCAAUCCGGCGACGAAGAAGCUCGCUGAGGGUGGUAUCAAGAGCGAGACCCGUCAAGCCAUCCAAAACCUCGUCGCCGUGCUCGAGGAAGCUGGCAGCAGCUUAGCGAACAUCGUCAAGGUGAACAUCUUCCUCACGACCAUGGAUCACUUCAAGACGAUGAAUGAGGCGUACGAUGAGUUUUUUGGAGCUAUUGAGCCUAAGCCGUGCCGGACUUGUGUUGCGGUCUAUCAACUCCCAUUCGGGGCGUUGGUUGAGUUGGAGUGUACUGCAUUUCUGAGUCCUGAAGCGAAACUAUAGAAGUCCUGUGUUGAAAGAGAAAAAAGCUUUGCCUAUUUGGAGGUACGAUAAGCCUUUGCAAGUGUAUUACACAACCUAGAUAAACAACAAAAGGUCGGAAAAAGAAAAGCUCGACGAACGCUCUUGAGCCUCCUCUCUUGGGCC